AUGGCAGGGUUGGAUAUUAUAUUUUCAUCCGUGUGCAACGCGACAUUUUGCGAAAAUGUAUAUGACAAUCCGUUGAAUGAUGCGAAAUUAACUGGGAAGCAAAAUGAGACGUUGGCUCUACGUAAUUUAAUUAAUGGGAAACAUUUGAAGAUUGGGACAUUUAAUAAUUAUCCCACGAGUUGGACGGAAAGAGCUGAAAAUGGGACAUACACCGGUCAUGGAGUUGCAUUCGAAAUUAUAAACAUAUUACAGGAAAAGUUUAAUUUUACAUACGAAGUUGUCGUUCCGGAGAAAAAUUUUAUAUUUGGCAAUGGAAGACCAGAAGAGUAUCUCAUCGGACUUCUCAAUACUAGUAAAAUAGAUAUGGCCGCUGCCUUUAUCCCAGUUCUCAAUAACUACGACAGAUACGUACAAUUUUCGGCGAUCCUAGACGAGGGAACUUGGAUGAUGAUGUUAAAACGUCCAAAGGAGUCAGCUGCAGGGUCUGGUCUUUUGGCGCCAUUCGAUGAAAUGGUUUGGUAUUUGAUUCUCAUUGCCGUAGUGGCAUACGGUCCUUGCGUUACCCUGCUAACUCGCUUGCGCAAUAAAUUGAUGCCUGACGACGAGAAUUACAUUCCGAUAUCUCCUAGCAUUUGGUUUGUUUAUGGGGCAUUUAUCAAGCAAGGCACAUCACUAUCGCCUAACGCAAAUACCACUCGAGUACUGUUUGCGACUUGGUGGAUUUUUGUGAUCCUCCUGUCUGCUUUUUAUACAGCAAACUUGACAGCUUUUCUAACUCUGUCCAAAUUUACCUUGGAGAUUGAAACACUUCAAGAUUUGUACAAGAAAAACUAUCGUUGGUUUGCUACUGAAGGUGGAGCUGUUGAAUAUGCUGUUAAAAAUACGGACGAAGGCCUGUAUUUCCUGACUAAAAUGAUUGCAAACGGCCGUGCUAAGUUUCGUUCAAUUACCGAUGUUAACGAGUUCCUAUCUUAUGUGUCUGAAGGCGCCGUAUUAGUCAGUGAUGGAACUAUUAUAGACCAUAUGAUGUAUUUUGAUUAUUUGGAGAAGACUCGGCAGGGUAUACCGGAAGCUGAAAGAUGCACUUAUGUUGUUGCUCCUGGCUCAUUCAUGCAAAAAAGACGAGCGUUCGCGUUUCCGAGAAAUACUACGUUGAAUUCAUUGUUUCAACCUAUUUUGCACAUGGUAACUUAUAGCGGUAUAAUAAAAUAUUUAGAGCGUAAAAAGCUACCCGAUACUAAAAUAUGUCCCCUGGAUCUGCAGUCUAAGGACCGUCAGUUAAGAAAUACCGAUCUUUUGAUGACGUACUAUAUUAUGGCCGUUGGUUUAGCAACUGCGGUAUCAGUGUUCGUUGGCGAGGUCACCUUGAAACGGUACGGCAUAGCAAAAUACAAAGGUAAGCAUUUAAAAAUCGUCCGAAAACAGUUGAAACCUACUCAAAAUUUCAAUUUCGACGACACUCGACCACCGCCUUACGAAUCUUUAUUCGGCAAAUCUAAAAAAGGAACCGAUUCAACCAAAAAGAUAAUUAACGGAAGAGAAUAUUGGGUUAUAAACAAAGAGAAUGGUGAAACGAGGCUUAUCCCAGUGAGGACACCAUCUGCACUUUUAUAUCGUUAGAAUCGAUUUCUCGGAAUCGUUAUAAUUUAUCGAUGUUAUUUUUUAUCUGUGUGCAUAUUGUUAAUUGUCAUAUUGUAUGAAUUACUUGAACCUGUACUUGGACACUUGGACAGAUUAUAAUUAAUUGGUAUUUUUAUGUCCUUUACUAAGUUGGACCAUAGUCUUUACAUUAGCUGCGGUUGGACUCACAGCAAUAAUUAUUUAAAUACAAAAUGUCGUUUAUUAGAAAAUAAAGGGUGUCAAAA